UCUCUCCAACGCCCCACUCUCUCUCUCUCUCUCUCACACACACACUCUCUCUCUCUCUCUCUCUCUCUCUCUCUCUCUAUUUCCGUGGGUGUUUUCUCUCUCCUCGGAUAUUCCACUCCCCGCUCUCUCUCGAUUUCGACGAACCCUCGCGGAUUUCGCCCUCGAAUCCCUCUUUUCGCGAGAUCUCCGCUCCUUUGGGAGAUCCCCGGUGCGUAAAAACCCGAUUUUUCGCUCCUUUUUUUUUUGGCGGUUUUCAGGCCCACUCCGUGGGGGAUCCGGGGCUCCGCCGCGGCGGGGGGCGAUGAGGUGGCGGCCGUGGCCGCCCAUGGCGGCGAGGAAGUUCCGGGCGCGGGUGGGGGUGCGGCGGCUCGAGGGGGCGCCCGCGGGGGCGAGGGUGGCGGCGGAGGUGCGGUGGAGGGGGCCGAGGGCGACGGCGCUGGGGUCGCUGCGGCGGAGGGCGAGGCGGAGCCACCGCACGAGGGAGGAGGACGUUAGGGUUGACGAGGAAGGGAGGGGCGCCGCGGCGGCGGCGGCGGCCGAGUGGGAGAACGAGGGGUUCGAGAGCGACGUGACGCUAACGUCGCAAAAGGAGGGGGUUUGCGGCGCCUUUUACCCCUGGGAGGUCUCCUUCGUCGUCGUCGUCGUCUCCAACAAUGGAUCGAAGAGCAAGCCGUCGGUUCUGGGAACCGCCUCGCUGAACCUCGCAGAGUAUGCAUCUGCAGCUCAGGAGGAGAUGGAGAUGAUCCUUCCGAUUCUGCUUAAUGGUGUUGACGUUGUGGACCCGCCGACACUUCACAUAACACUUUAUCUAGCAGAAGUGAGAUUCCAAGAAGAACCAUUGGGCACUGUACAGAGGCCUAUUACUCCGAGUCCGUUAUCGCCUUCCUCUGGAGAUGCACCUCCAACCGAAAAGGACGAGCCCUCAGUUUUUAGAGCAGGGUUGAGAAAAGUAAACAUUCUUAAAAAAAUCGUGUCGAGUCAAAGCCCCAAGAAAACCUCUAAAGACGAUGAAGGCAGCGAGGAGAACACAAUAUAUCCUCUCGACACAGACUCUCUAGACGAUGAUCUCGAUGAAAGGGAACAAGAGGAGAGCAACAAAGAAGAGGACAAUUCUAGCGUGAGAAAGUCGUUCAGUUACGGCACAUUAGCAUUUGCUAACAAUUUGGGAGGUUUACGUCGUGAGGAUGUGGAUUGUGUUUAUUAUAGUCACAGGAGAUCAGACGUAGGGUUUUCAAAUAGGGAGGAGAUGGCUUCAUCCGUGCAAGAGCAGCAAUUUGUGUUUCAAGGAUCGAAACGGAGCAUUUUGCCGUGGAAAAGGAGGAAAUUGAGUUUCAGGUCUCCGAAGAAUAAAGGGGAGCCUUUGUUGAAGAAGGGGUACAGAGAGGAGGGAGGCGAUGACAUUGAUUAUGAUCGUAGGGUGAUGAGCUCGCCUGAGAAAUCUCUCUUCGGAGGGAAACAGAAGGAUGAAGAUAUUUCCCUUGGUCGCUCUUCGUUCUCUGAUUUUGGCGACGACAAUUUCACCGUGGGCAGCUGGGAGUCGAAGGAAAUAGUUAGCCGCGACGGCCAUUUAAAGCUGUCCACCCAGAUCUUCUUCGCGUCAAUUGACCAAAGAAGCGAGCGGGCUGCAGGAGAAAGUGCAUGCGCGGCACUUGUGGCUGUCAUCGCUGACUGGCUUCAUGCAAACCCUAAUAUGAUGCCCAUUCAAUCCCAGUUCGACAGCCUCAUCCGAGAGGGCUCCCUCGAGUGGAGAAGACUCUGCGAGAACCCACUUUACCUAAAGCACUUCCCCGACAAGCACUUUGAUCUGGAAACUGUUCUGCAGGCGAAUAUCUGCCCUCUAUCUGUUUUUCCCAGCAAUUCCUUCAUUGGCUUUUUCCAACCUAAUGGUGCCGGCGAUGAUAAUGGCUUCGAGUUUCUUCAUGGCGCGAUGUCUUUUGAUAGCAUAUGGGAUGAGAUUAGCCGAGCUGGGUCCGACGCCACUUUUGACGAGAGUCCUCAGAUUUAUAUAGUGAGUUGGAACGAUCACUUCUUCGUGUUGAAGGUCGAGCGUGAUGCUUAUUACAUUAUAGACACACUCGGAGAGAGGUUACACGAAGGUUGUAACCAAGCUUACAUCCUGAAGUUCGACAAAAAUACGUUGAUUCACCGAACCCCUACUGAGAAGAAAAGCACUUCUGGAGAUAGUAAUUCCGACCGUGCUGUCGACGGCGAGCUCGUUUGCAAGGGAAAAGAGUCAUGCAAAGAGUACAUUAAGAGCUUCUUGUCGGCGAUUCCGGUUAGGGAACUGCAAGCCGAUAUCAAGAAAGGACUUUUGGCGUCGACUCCGUUGCAUCAUCGCCUACAAAUCGAGUUCCAUUAUACUGAAUCAUCAUCCAAGGAGGCUGAUUCAGCUUCUUCGUCUCCAGAAGCAGGAUCUGUUUCACAGCUCUCGUGGCCCGUCAAUCCAGGGGCGGCAUGCGCCCGAACUCCGGCAGUUAUUGUUGUAUAGAAAAGUUUCUACUUAGUAUCUAACUUCGGUGUAAUUUCUAGCAGUGUGUCCGGGACCGAGCAGUGCAAAAAGCGGCGGCAAGCGAAGAUACGAAGUAGAGGUUUUUCCUUCUUGUUUCCUCUCCGUAACAUCUGAUCUAAGCUAGCUAACUACAAACUACAGUGUGUAUGUAAUGCGUGUUAUUUGGCUCUACUCCAAGCCCUGAUUUUGUAUAGAAAGGGUGGUUAUUGUCUCGCCGACGGCGAUUAAUCUAUAAUGGCGUUUGUAAUUUGUUAACCCUGUUGAUUAAUGAAUAGUCCCUCUUUUGCUACGUAA